AUGCCUUCGAUACCAGGUUUCAUAGCCCGUUACUUCGCUAAAGAACAACCAAGACCGCCACCAAUCAGCAUCGGAACCGCGGUCUUCCUACACCAUCGGGCAGAAAAAGAAGCGCUUGAGGUAUUGACUGGUAACAAGGUAAUCUAUACGCUCAUCUACGUGAUACCAUUUUAUCUUUCACCCACUACCAGGCCAUCUCCUACUCUAUCGCGGGACGCGCCGUCUGUGAUCCGCGCGCGGAUAGCCUCGGUCUCGCUGGCCUCCAUCGUGUGCUCUAUCAUUACCUUUGUGAUCUUAACGUCGCAGGGUCGGGCUACGACAACCGAAGCGCUGCAUACGCUAGGUUACUGGCCCCUCGGCCUCGUGGAGACGGCGAAGUGCUUCUUGCUCACCGCUAUCCUUUUCGCUGGGCCAUUGUACGAACGUCUCAUUGUCGACGAAGGAUGGCGAGAUUGGUUAUCUUUACAGCCGUUAUCUGAUCUCGGUGAGUUGACGAUCUGGCGUAACAUCAUAGCGGGUCCCUUUACAGAAGAAGCUCUCUUCCGCUCAGCCUCCGUGCCGCUUAUGCUCGCAGCGCAGACCUCUGUAACAACCACCAUCUUCCUCUCGCCACUAGUCUUCGGGCUCGCGCAUCUGCAUCACUUCCUUGAAUUCCGUAUUACGCAUCCGCAAGUACCUGUGUCGAUCGGGCUUUUGCGUUCCCUAAUGCAGCUCGGCUACACAUCACUUUUCGGUGCUUACGCCACGUUUCUGUACCUGCGCUCUGGUAGUCUAAUAGCCGUUUUCGUAGUCCACGCUUUUUGUAAUUGCAUGGGUCUGCCUCGCGUCUGGGGCCGGGUCUAUCCUGCUGUCGUCAUUGAUGAGAGGGGGCAGUCGUAUCGACCUUCCGUUAUGUGGACCGUAGUUUACUACAUAGUUCUAGUUGCUGGCGCAGUGGGGUGGUAUAGGAACCUGGGCUUGCUGACGGAGAGCAGUAAUGCUUUGGUCUCCGUUGAUAUAUGA